UCCCAAAACUUCAUCUGCAUCCCGAAGUCUAAUCUCACUCAACUGUAUUGUCUUUCUUUCAUCUCUGUUUUGUUUUCUCUUGGCUUGCAAUAAAUGGCGCAUUACCAAUCUGGAACCGAUCAGUAUGGCAACCCAAUUCGCCAAACUGAUGAAUAUGGCAACGUCAUCUCCGACACCGCUCAAUACGGUGACCCCCUUCGCCGGACCGGUGAGUUCCGUGAGACGGACCAGUAUGGAAACCCCGUUCAUCGGACUGAUGAGUUCGGUAACCCAAUCAGCACCGGUACCGGCGGGACGUAUGAGACGGGUGGAUAUGGUGGCACCGGUUAUGGAGGAGAACACCAUCAACAGCAUAAGGAGCAUGGAGGCAUACUUCAUCGCUCUGGAAGCUCCAGUUCCAGCUCCUCGGAAGAUGACGGUCAUGGAGGGAGGAGGAGGAAGAAGGGGCUGAAGGAGAAGGUAAAGGAAAAGAUGCCAGGACAUCAUCAUGAGCCCCAGGCAAUGUCAACCACAACGCCGGGCGGUUAUUCGUCGGCCCAGUACGGUGGGCAGCAUGAGAAGAAGGGAAUAAUGGAGAAGAUCAAGGAGAAGCUGCCGGGACAUCACUGAGGACUUGUACUCCUCAUGUUUGUCUGUACUAAUAAAGUAUAGAGUUAGUACUGUGAAUUUUAGAAAGGAAUGGACUAAAUAAUUUGGUGGUUAUGGUUGUGUGUGUUUUUGUGUUAUGUAAUUUCUGGGUUGUGAGGUAUAAAGUAUUUUAUUAGUACUGUCUUCAUCUCUGUGUGUGUUGGGGAUAACCUGGUGAUGUGUCUGUUUUAUUUACUGAACCCUUGAUGUCUCAUUUUCUUUUGGGAUGUCAAUGAGUAUCUAAUCAGAAAGUGUACUCUUUUGAAGAUCUUUAGGAUUAUAAAUUAUUAAAUUUAUUGCAUUUA